GUCCCGUUUCCGCGGAGCCCGAACGUGAGGUAAUACGAUCUUGGGAACCAGAGAUCGUAUACUCACUCGAGCUGGUUCUGCGUGGCUUCCUGUAAGUCACCCACCUGACUUCCUGGCUUUAUUUAAAUGCAUAUUGUAGUAAGUAAGUUUUAAGCUUCGUGCAUAUACGCUAGGGAUCUAGGACUCGAGUUCUGGAGGCAUGACAGUCUUCAAUCAAGUACACAAAGUUACACACCGGUCACUGGAAUUGAAAGGCUUCAAGGAGACAAAAAAGAGUCCUGCUUUUGGUUACCCUCCACUGGCCUCAUGGCUUCCAUGCAGAUGGAUCCUGAGUUAGCCAAGCAACUCUUCUUUGAAGGAGCCACUGUGGUCAUUCUGAACAUGCCCAAGGGGACAGAGUUUGGCAUUGACUACAACUCCUGGGAGGUGGGGCCCAAGUUCCGGGGUGUGAAGAUGAUCCCCCCUGGUGUCCACUUCCUUUACUACAGCUCUGUGGACAAGGCCAAUCCCAGGGACGUGGGCCCUCGGAUGGGCUUCUUUCUUAGCCUGAAGCAGCGGGGCUUGACAGUUCUGCGCUGGAAUGCAGUUCAGGAAGAGGUAGACCUGUCUCCAGCUCCAGAGGCUGAAGUAGAGGCCAUGAGAGCCAAUCUCCCAGAGCUGGACCAGUUUCUGGGACCUUACCCAUAUGGUACACUCAAGAAGUGGGUCUCACUCACCAACUUCAUCAGUGAGGCCACCAUGGAGAAGCUGCAGCCUGAGAGCCGGCAGAUCUGCGCCUUCUCAGAUGUGCUUCCCGUGCUUUCCAUGAGGUACACCAAGGACAGGGUGGAGCAGAACCUACCCCUCUGUGGCACCGAGUGCAGAAGCUACCAAGAGGGCUUGGCCCGGCUGCCUGAGAUGAAGCCCAGGGCGGGGACAGAGAUCCGCUUCUCAGAGCUGCCCACUCAGAUGUUCCCAGCAGGAGCCACACCAGCAGAGAUCACCAGGCACAGCAUGGACUUGAGCUAUGCCCUCGAGACUGUGCUCAGCAAGCAGUUCCCUGGCAACCCCCAGGAUGUCCUUGGUGAACUCCAGUUUGCCUUUGUGUGCUUCCUGCUGGGCAAUGUGUAUGAGGCAUUUGAGCACUGGAAGCGGCUCCUGAACCUCCUGUGUCGGUCUGAAACUGCCAUGGUGAAGCACCACGCCCUGUACGUCAGCCUCAUCUCCAUCCUGUAUCACCAGCUCGGUGAGAUCCCGGCUGACUUCUUUGUGGACAUUGUCUCCCAGGACAACUUCCUCACUAGUACCUUACAGGUUUUCUUUUCUUCCGCCUGCAGUGUUGCUGUGGAAGCCACCCUGAGGAAGAAGGCAGAAAAGUUCCAAGCCCACCUGACUAAGAAGUUCCGCUGGGAUUUUACUUCAGAGCCAGAGGACUGCGCCCCAGUGGUGGUGGAGCUCCCUGAGAACAUCGAGACUGCCUAACUGCACAUCCUCAGGCCAUGGGAGACCCCUUCCCUCAUGGCUGUGACCCAGGCUCUCCCGCUCAUCUAUCCCAGAAUGCCGCAGCAGUGAUCCAGUCAGGUCCUGCAAAGAUGGAGCCAGAGCCCGUGUGCAGCAGCAAAUACAUUCCUCUACUACAGGAGUGGCCACUGGGGGUCCCUGUAGCCUGGCCCUGCCGCCGAAUUUCAGGGAAAAAAAGGGGGUGGGGGGGCUCGAGUUGGAACCUGCCCUGGCAACAGUCUAAUUCCUUCUGACAACGAGAAAAUGAACAUUAAAUUCAGAAGAGCUAGUCCAUAGCUACUAAAGAAGAAAGAAACCAGAUCCACCCCGGGGUCUUUGGUAUUAAGUUAGUGAGUUUUUAAGUUAAAUGUAAGUUUAAAGUUGAAUGUGGUUUGUGUAGAAUUUCUGCCUGCUCCUGGUUGAAUGGGAGAAACCUGCCAGAACUCGGGCCACUGACCUCUUAGGAGCUUAGCCUGGGAACAGGUGACAAGGAAGAUGGUGGGUUGAGUCUGGCCGGUGGCCGGCUUCAUCUCCACCUCCUUCUGCCAGAAGCCCAGUGGUUGAUACCUGAAUCGGCUGCCGGCUGUGGGGCCUACUGCUGCUGUCACCAUUGUCCUGAGGCCCCACACUGAAGCGGAACAUGGAAGCCUCCCACGUAUCCCCAUUUUUCACUAAGGUUACCAUGACUCUUGUGAUGACAUGGAAAUCAACAACAAAGGAGAGACUCUCCUCUGAGCCUGCUUAUUAGGCCUAUUAAAGUCUGGGCCUUUCCUUCCGAGCCAUGGAGAUAUCUGGGUAGCUUAAUUCUCCCCGUCCUGCUGUGGGGUUCUCAUGAGUGCCGUCACGUCUCUGGUGUCUGGGAGUCUUGAGGGCACACCCACUGUGCAGUGUGGGCAGAGUUCUGCCUCAAGAGGGUCUCCCAGGCCCUCCACCCUGACCUCUGCCUCGGCUACUCUGGAAUCCUCUUCUGAGGCUCGAGCUCACAGCGGGCCUCUGAGUGAGAGUCCUGCUGUUUAAGACUUGGUUCCUCUUGUUUCCUUGGAGAUGUUUGUCCAAGAGCACAAUGUACAUUAAAGCCUUUGAGUUGGGGCUAAUCCCCCUGUGUGAGUCUCUUAGAGCUAAUCUGCCCGGUUUCCAAAGUAGCCAAGCUGUUGGCCAUAGACAACACUUGUACCUGCAGAACCCGCCCGGGAGACCCUGCUCACCCCCUGCAGUCUCUGGAGAAGGCAGGCAGCCAGCUUUGCCUGUGUCCAGUGAGAGAGAUGCCCUGUAGCUCUACAUUAACCUGGUUUUACCUGGUGGGAAUUGCUAUUCUUUUUUCCCCACAAAGCCCACUCAUCACAAUUACCUGGGGACUGUGUUAAAAGUGCAGAUCCCAACAAAUGAAUUUCUGAUUCGGGCUGCAACAUGUGCCUGGGGCUGGGGAGUUGCCUCAAUGGGUAAAGUGCUUGGAAUACAAGCUUGAGACCUUCAGCUCCCCAGAGCUCCUGUGAAAGCCAGGGCCACAGUGCACACCAGUACUGCAGAGAUAGGGAGAGCCCAGGGGCUUUCUAGUGAGCCGAAGCUUGUUAAGCUGCAGGUUCAGUGUGAGACCCUGUCUCAAAAAUUAGGUGGAAAAAUGACAGAAGACAUCCAGUAUCAACCUCUGACCUCCACACGCUCGCACACAAAGGCACCUAACACACAUACCACACAUUCACUAACACACUGCUGAGGGAAGGGAGACCAGACUCGUAACAAGCUUUCCUCACGUGCAGUACCCAGCAUAGGCAGGUCCACAGGGUGACAGAUGAGGACCGCCCACGGCGUGCCCUCAGAAGCAGAGGUUCGUGGUGGGACACUUGUCAAAGCGCAGACCCCUAUCGCACUCCACACAGAUUUAAGAGCUUUAGUUAAAUUCAGUUUGUGUUUGGGGUGUUUUUUUGUUGGUGGUGGUGGUUUGUUUGUUUUUGUUUGUUUGUUUAUUUUGUUUUUUGUUUGUCUUUUUGAGUGACAUUGUCAAGCAUCAACAGGUCACGUUUGAUGGAGGCAGCACCUCUGGGACAAAAUGUGUCUCCCACAAUCAUUCUGAAGACAGCACCUUGAUGUUGGACCAUUCCCCAGGUGUACCUGGGUUUGCCCAGAGGCCCCUCUAUGAAUGCUUAAAAAUGGGUUGAGCAAGAGAAGCUGCUGCUUAAAGAAUGCACUGUUCUGGGGCUGGAGAGAUGGCUCAGCGGUUAAGAGCACGGGUACUGCUCUUCCAGAGAUCCUGAGUUCAAUUCCCAGCGACUACAUGGUGGCUCACAACCAUCUGUAAUGGCAUCUGAUGCCCUCUUCUGGUGUGACUGAAGACAGCGACAGUGUACUCAUAUAUAAAAUAAAUAAAUGAAUCUUAAAAAAAAAAAAAA